CGAGCACGACCGCUAAAUCAGCGAUCUUAUUUCCUCAGUAGGAGGUAAAUUGUCUUUCUCCGCAGCUGUCAAAUGCACAUCUCUUUGUUGGUUCUGAGACUGGCCGAUAAGUUUCGUUCUGAUCAAGUGCUAGUUACAGUGUAAGAAAUCUAUCGCAAUCUCUACGCCAGAACAAAGGCAUUGCUGAAUCACCAACUCCCAGAACAAAGACAAUGACGGAGAUUCACCUGACAGUGGUUCUUGUUUAUCUACACUUGGGUCAGUCUGAAGGUAGAUCAAUGGAUAUAUAGUCAUAAGAAGCAAUAAUGUCGCUUGGACUAUCUCUUCGGGAUUUCCCUGUGAGCUGCAAGUAUUGGGCCUCUGUCUACUCCAGCGCUAUCAAAUAAUGGAAGACCCGAGUAAUGACGAAUAUUGGUGGGGUGCAACCGUCAGGGCAGCUGAGGAUAUGAAUCCAGUGGAAAGCUUGGACUGUAUGUACUACCAUGGCCCUGAGUAUCCACAGUAUCCAGCCAUUGUGUUGGAGGAUGAUCGCCAGUGGCGCUCGCUUCAGCUGGCGAGAUUGCCAGCAGAGAUAUUCCUGGAGUGCUUUGAGCAUAUGACCAAUCGAGAACUGGCUAAUCUCAGCCAGACUUGCAAGUAUCUGUACUUGAUGCUUCGUUCACUGCUCCGGAAGAAAGCCCGGCAGUUUGCACUGGCGACCCUGGAUGAGUACCGAGAGCUGCUCUGGAUCGAUCGAAACGGCCGGGCCCUCUACAAAGACUGGCAGACGGACCUAUGCUCCAUUCCCUUCCGUGAGCCCGUCUUCGAGGCUGUUGCGGCUGGGGAUUACUCUCUUGUUGAGUGUUAUUUGCGCGCCGGCGUGAGUCCAAAUGCCUACGGGCUGGAGGGCUGGCCCUUGCUGCCCUGGGCCGCCCGCAGUGGCCGGUUGGAGAUAGCGCAGCUGCUGCUGGACCAUCCUGCCAUUGAUGUUGGGCUCGUGGCCUGCGAUGAGCAACUAUUCCCCGAUUGCAGUCCACUUCCAUUGGACAUUCUGUGCAACCGCCACUACCACUGGAGCUACCAUUCGGAGAGAUAUCUUCGCCUGCUAGACUCUGUCGUUCGCUCGCUCCUAGACAAAGGAGCGACAUUCGAACACUUCAACGCCUUCCAGUAUAUCAGCGCCAGUCCGCAUCGACUCCGGUUCAUGGAGGCGGCGAUGGAGAAUGGUUCCGAUCUCCAGGCCGUGGUCAUUGGCAUGCGGCGGACGACCUGGUAUCACCACCACGAGUCCCCUGCAAAGUUCGCCGCUUGCCAGCCGGACUCGCAAUACCUUGAGCUCGUCGUGCGCGUGGCGCCCGAGAUCCUGGGUAACGUAGGGAGGGGUUGGCAGAAAAUCGGCGGAUGCCGGCGGCCGGCGACGUUUAGGAGGAGGGAUUGGAAGAAGUUGCUACGGUAGCUUCAGCGGACCUACAGCCUUGUUCCCAGGAGAGACUUCCGCCGCUGCUAGAAGCGACGCAAGGAACCCGUGGGUUCCGUAUCCUAGAGCGAAAGCUGCGUUUGUGGGUGCUUAUAUGUUAGAAAUGAAAGUAAUGAAUGUGCUCUUGGCACUAUAUAUAUUGAAUAAUUGGCAAGUCUGUGUUUUUUAGGAAGUGUAUGUCAGGUGUUUGAGUAUUGUGUAUUAUGUACCCGGGGGGGUUUGGCUGGUAGUGGCAGAUACUUUGAGGUUGG